AUGGAAAGCGACGCAGAUGCACCGCUUCUUACCUCUAAAAAUGUCUCAACGAACGCCCACUUCCGCACCGGCGUCGAAGAUAGUCCUCCGGUAACCGGAGUAAAGGAGUUCAUUAGACAAUUUGGAAUCGAAUCGAAGAGGAUGUGGUACCUCGCCGGCCCCGCCAUCUUCACCGCUGUCUGCCGAUACUCUCUCGGUGCUGUCACGCAAACGUUCGCCGGUCAUGUUGGAACUCUUGAUCUCGCAGCUUUCUCCGUCGAAAACUCAGUCAUUGCAGGUUUCUCAUUGGGGAUCAUGCUUGGAAUGGGCAGCGCGUUGGAGACACUGUGUGGGCAAGCGUAUGGAGCAGGUCAGAUUAACAUGAUGGGAGUAUAUAUGCAAAGAUCGUGGAUUAUUCUGAUCACCACCGCUCUCCUUAUGCUGUCCCUCUACAUCUUCGCGACUCCGGUGCUUCUAUUGAUCGGACAAAAGGAAGAUAUAGCUCAUGCGGCGGGGAGGAUGGCGUUAUGGAUGAUUCCGCAGCUGUUUGCUUACGCUUUAAACUUUCCGAUGGCCAAGUUUCUUCAAGCUCAGAGUAGGAUAAUGGUGUUGGCUUACAUAACGGGAACGGCGUUGGUGCUGCAUACCUUUUUUAGCUGGCUUUUCAUGUUGAAGUUGGGGUGGGGGUUGUUCGGCGGAGCUAUGGUGCUGAAUGCGUCGUGGUGGUUCAUCGUGGUGGCUCAGAUGGUGUAUAUAUUCAGAGGCUCAUGUGGUGAAGCAUGGUCGGGAUUUAGCUUCGCUGCCUUCAAUAAUCUAUGGAGCUUUGUGAAGCUGUCCUUCGCGUCAGCUGUCAUGCUGUGCUUGGAAACAUGGUAUUUUAUGGCAUUGGUACUUUUUGCUGGAUAUUUAAAGAAUGCUGAAAUUGCAGUUGAUGCACUCUCCGUAUGCACAAACAUUGUUGGAUGGGCAGUUAUGAUAGCAAUCGGAUUUAACAUAGCCGUAAGUGUGAGGGUAUCAAAUGAAUUAGGGGCAGGGCACCCAAGAGCUGCGAAAUUCGCAAUUGGGGUGGUGGUAAUUUCGUCAUUUAUAUUCGGUUCUUGUCUGGCCAUUCUUCUGGUAAUUUUCCGGCAUCAGUAUCCUGCCAUAUUUGCUGAUAGUUUGGAAGUUCAAGAAGCGGUUUAUGCUCUCACUCCUUUAUUAGCAGCUUGCCUUGUCAUUAAUAAUAUUCAACCGGCACUUUCUGGGGUAGCAAUCGGGGCAGGAUGGCAAGCAGUAAUCGCUUAUAUAAAUAUUGCAUGCUACUACAUAUUCGGCGUACCGUUGGGGCUCUCUCUGGGAUUUCUAGCCGGAUGGGGCAUAAAGGGUAUAUGGGUAGGCAUGAUGAGUGGAACUGUGGUACAAACCAUGGUUUUGUUCUUAAUUUCUUACAGAACCAACUGGGACAAAGAGGCCUCAUUGGCUGACAAGAGAAUUAAAGAAUGGUCAGGUCAAAAGAAGACAGUUGAAGAAAAAUGAAAGGCUAAUUUCUUGUUUAAUGUGUGAUUUUGAUUUUCGAUAUCGAUUUGGGUGCAUGUAACCACAUGUGAACUAGUUUUUAUAGAUUUUAGUCCUAGAUUUUUUUGAAUUAAGUUUUCUAAUAUAUCCCAUUACGACGGUAAACAAACAAAACGAAAUUUCUUUAUCUUCACAAAAUUGUAAAAUCUUGGAUAUGAUCCAACCAAUUUCAAAAU